AUGCUGUCCAUCCAGAGGAAGCCAAAAAUCUCAGCUUCAAGAAAGCUGAUGCUCAAGAGUCUGAUGGUGACAAAGGCCAAGGAGGAACUGGAGCAGGAGAGUCUGGAUAAAGAGGAGGAGAAACAGAGGUAUCUGGCAGAGAGAUCUCCUCCUCUACACACCAGCAGCAUGAGCCUUGCACAGCUGCAGGAUCUCUGCAGGGAGCUCCAUGCCAAGAUAGAUGUGGUUGAUGAGGAGCGAUAUGACAUUGAGGCUAAAAUUAUGCUCAAUACACGUCAGAUUAAAGACCUGAACAUUAAGGUGUUGGACCUCAGGGGGAAAUUCAAGAGGCCUAAUCUUCGACGUGUUCGUGUGUCUGCUGAUGCCAUCCUCCGCUCGCUGCUGGGCUCCAAGCAUAAAGUCUCCAUGGACCUCCGAGCAAACCUCAAGUCUGUCAAGAAAGAGGACACUGAGAAGGUGUGUGGUGAAAAAACAGUUGAAGACAGUGACUGGAGGAAGAAUGUGGAGGCCAUGUCAGGGAUGGAGGGAAGAAAGAAGAUGUUUGAUGCUGCUAAGGGUCCUGCCCAGUGAACACAAGACAGUGGGCUUGUGUCAUGGAAGUACAAUUAGUCCUCCUGCAUUUCAAUCGCUAUAGUUUUGCUACAGUUUUUGCAACUUCUCAUUUUCUGUAUCACACUGCCAUCCUUAGGUAUGCUCCUGCCAUGGCAUUGAGAAGAUGCCCCCAGACUCCUUAGAGCUUUUCUUCUCUUUUGUUUGCUGUUCACUGGCAAGGUGUUAAAAGUGACUAUAUCUCUGUGCAAUGUUCAGUUAUUUAUACUGUUCUCAUAAUUAAUAUUGCACCUGAACCCCAGAAAUUUACGCUUAUACUGUAGUAAUACAGAAAUGUCUAAAAGUCCAGCUUGUGUUUAUGGAGAUACAUAGUUGAUAAUAAUAUGAUGUGGCCAUAUUAAACUGCAUCUUUGUUAUUCCUGUAUUAUUUGUCUCUCAUGUUUUUUCCACAAAAAUAAUGUUAAAUUGUGUUGCUGGAAUUCCUAAAAUUGUAUCUGCUCAUUCUCCCCUAUUCUCCCUAACCCAGAAUUUAUAUAUGCAGAUAUAUUUCAUUUCAAAACUUAAACUACCAGACACAAGAUGCAUCCUACUU